AUGAGCCGACGGUGGGCCCAGUAAAGGGUUAAUCGUCCAGCCCUUGCCCCGCCCAGCCAGAGGGAGCAGGUUGGAAAGUUGCUGCGGGCCGGAGGCGGGUGGGGGGCCCCCAACUCUGUUUGCCAGGGCUCCCCUGCAUUGCUGCUGCGGGGGACCCGGGUGGGCCUUCGGGGAGGCGCUCCCAGGCGGUGCCAGCCCUGCCAGGGCUAUGCGAGACCGGGGCCCCGACAGCCUGGCCGGCCUGGGGCUUUAUGUAGGGCUCCCCUGGCACCCCGGGAUGCUGCAAAGGGCUAAGUACAGCCGCUUUCGGAACGAAUCCGUCACCUCACUGGAGGAAGGAGGCCCCCCAGGGUCGGUGGGCACCAAGGGCGCCCCGCAGCCGCCGCCUCCCGACCUCAGCCCGGCACCCCAAGAUGCCACCCCGGCCACCCAGGAGAGCCCCACGCCUCUGUGCACCUUGAUCCCGCGCCUGGCCAGCGUCAAGCUCGCCAACCCCGCCACCUUGCUUAGCCUGAAAAACUUUUGCUUGGGCACCAAGGAGGUGCCCAGGCUGAAGCUCCAAGAGACCCAGGACUCAGUCCCCAGCAGCCCGGCACCUUCGGACCCCAGUGCCCACCGAACUCGAGCUCUCCAGGACAGAAUCGCACUUCUGCCGCCGCUGCCUCCACCACCACCACCGGAGUUGGGGGGUGGCAGGGCCGCUGGCCGGACCCCGGAUGCCUGUCCACUCCCUGGACCCGGAGAGCCCACCCCUGGGAGCAGGCCAGACAGGAUCUUUAUGCAGCACCUGUUGGGGAUGGGCAUGAACUUCUGCGUGAGGUAUAUGGGCUGUAUUGAAGUGCUGCAAUCAAUGAGAUCACUGGAUUUUGGAAUGAGAACAAAAGUUACAAGAGAUGCAAUAAGUCGCUUGUGUGAAGCCGUUCCUGGGGCCACUGGAGCAGCUAAAAAGCGAAAGCCGCCAGUUAAAUUCCAAUCAACAGUUCUUGGAAAAAGUAAUCUUCAGUUUUCGGGAAUGAAUAUAAAACUGACCAUUUCAACGUGUAGCCUCACAUUGAUGAGUCUUGAGAAUGAACAGAUUAUUGCAAAUCAUCACAUGCAGUCAAUUUCAUUUGCUUCUGGAGGGGAUCCUGAUACCACAGACUAUGUUGCCUAUGUAGCUAAAGACCCAGUAAACCACCGAGCCUGCCACAUAUUGGAAUGCCGUAAUGGAAUGGCCCAAGAUGUCAUAAGUGCCAUAGGGCAAGCUUUUGAGCUUCGGUUUAAGCAGUAUUUGAAAAAUUCUUCUCUGAACACUUCUUGUGAGAGUGAGGAAGUACAUAUUGAAGACUCUCGUGGUGAGGAGAGAGAUCAUGAAUAUUACAACGAAAUCCCAGGGAAGCAGCCUCCCGUCGGUGGUGUUUCAGACGUGCGUAUUAAAGUUCAAGCCCCAGAACAAAUGGCUUACUGCCCCAUUCGGUGUGAAAAGUUGUGCUAUUUGCCUGGAAAUGCCAAGUGCAGCAGUGUAUAUGAGAACUGCUUAGAACAAAGCAGGGCAGUAGAGACACCAGAAACUGUGCAACCAGGUGCCGUAGCUCAACCUGCCAGCUCACAGCCUUUGCCACAUAUUCAACAGCAGCUGAGGAGUGAAGAGUGUUACCAUGGCAAGCUGAGCAGGAAAGCGGCAGAGAGCCUCUUGGUGAAAGAUGGAGACUUUUUGGUGCGAGAAAGUGCAACAUCCCCUGGCCAGUAUGUCCUGAGUGGGCUGCAGGGAGGCCAGGCCAAACAUCUUCUCCUGGUGGAUCCCGAAGGCAAGGUGAGGACCAAGGACCACAUUUUUUAUAAUGUUGGCCAUCUUAUCCGAUAUCACAUGGAUAAUAGUCUGCCAAUUAUCUCUUCUGGAAGCGAAGUGAGCCUUAAACAACCAGUAAGAAAAGGUCAUAAUCCAGAACUUUCGAAUUCAAGCAAAUGACACCAUGGCUGUGCCAUCCUGCCAAAUUUUAAGAAGCUCCUUCUGUGGUAGGACACAAAUGGUAAUUCAAGUUUGGUUUCCAGCUAAGAUAG